CUCUGACCCCCCGGGGCCCCCGGGCCCCCCCGGGCCCGGCAUGACGGUGAAGCUGGACUUCGAGGAGUGUCUCAAGGACUCGCCCUGGUUCAGGGCCGCCAUCGAGGAGGCCGAGGCCGAGAUCGCCGAGUUCGAGACCCGCCUGGAGAAGGUGCAGAAGCUCUGCUCGGCCAUGCUGGACGCGGGGCGGCACUUCGAGGGGACGAGCCGGGCGCUGGCGGCGGGGCUGCGCGAGCUGGGGGGGCCGGCGCGGGGCGACCCCCUUGUGCAGGAGACGCUGGAGAAAUUCUCCGACUCCCUGGACCAGAUGAUGGGCAGCCACGAGGAGCUCCUGGACAGCACCCAGCAGUCCCUGCGCCGCCACGUCCACACCCUGCUCAAGGAGGCAGCGCGGGGGCUGCGGGAGGCGCGCCGGGAGCAGGGCCGGGCGGCGGAGGCGCUGGCGGGGGCCCUGCAGCACCACGCCGAGGUGCCCCGGCGGAGGCCCCACGAGGCCCAGGAGGCCGCCGCCGCCCUGGGUGCCGCCCGGGGCCAGGCCCGCGCCCGCGCCCUCGACUACGUCCUCCAGAUCAACGUGAUGCAAUCGAAGAAGAAAUCCGAAAUCCUCCAGUUCGUGCUGGCGCUGAUGGAGGCCCAGGCCACCUACUUCAGCCAGGGCCACGGCGCCGCCGGGCGCCUGGAGCAGUACCGGGCCGAGCUGGGCACCCAGCUCGACCGCCUGGUGCUGGAGGCGGCCCGGCAGCAGCGCGACAUGGAGCAGCGGCACGCCAUGCUCACCCAGCAGGACCUGUCGCAGGAGACGGUGGCGGGGGCGGCCGGGGGGGGCGCCGGGGGCCCCCCCAUGGAGGGCUACCUCUACAAGCGGGCCAGCAACGCCUUCCGCACCUGGAGCCGGCGCUGGUUCUCCAUCCAGAGCAACCAGCUGGUCUACAUCAAACGGGCCCGGGACCCCCCCACGGUGGUGGUGGACGACCUGCGGCUCUGCACCGUCAAGCCCUGCCCCGACCUCGACCGGCGCUUCUGCUUCGAGGUGGUCUCGCCCUCCAAGACCUGCCUGCUGCAGGCGGACUCAGAGCAGCAGCAGCAGGCCUGGCUCAGCGCCGUGCAGAGCAGCAUCGCCAGCGCCUUCAGCGAGGGGCCCCCCCGCGCCCCCCCCGGCCAGCCGGGCUCGGGGGCGGGGGGGCCCGGCGGGGGGACCGGGGGGCGGGCGCCGGGCGCCCGGGGGGGCCGGGGGGGCCCCGAGCGGCGGGUGCUGGAGCAGGUGCUGGGGCUGGAGGGCAACGCGGCCUGCUGCGACUGCCGGGAGCCGGCGCCCGAGUGGGCCAGCAUCAACCUGGGCAUCACCCUCUGCAUCGAGUGCUCCGGCAUCCACAGGAGCCUGGGGGUGCACUUCUCCAAGGUGCGCUCGCUGACGCUCGACUCCUGGGAGCCCGAGCUGGUGAAGCUGAUGUGCGAGCUGGGGAACAGCACCCUGAACCGCAUCUACGAGGCCCGGGUGGAGGAGAUGGCCGUGAGGAGGCCCCAGCCCGGCUGCUCCCGGGCGCAGCGGGAGGGCUGGAUCCGGGCCAAGUACGUGCAGAAGAAGUUCGUCACCCAGCUGCCGGCGGCGGGGCCCAGCCGGGGGGGGCGGAGCCCGGGUGCCCCAGGCCCCGCCCCCCGCCCCAGCCCCCGCCCCCGCCCCCCGGGCUCUGCCCGGCCCCCAGCGGCGCGGGAGGGGCCGCCCAGCCUGCACCCCGGCGCCCUGCUCUACUGGGCGGCCCAGCACCAGAGCCUGCCCACCAUGGCCGACGCGCUGGCCCACGGCGCCGACCCUGGCUGGGUCAACGGGGCCGAGGGCAGCCGCACGCCGCUGCUGCAGGCCGUCGCCGCGAACUCCCUGCUGGCCUGCGAGUUCCUGCUGCAGAACGGUGCCAGCGUCAACCAGAGCGACAGCGCCGGCCGCGGCCCCCUGCACCACGCCACCAUGCUGGGCCACACCGGGCUGGCCUGCCUCUUCCUGAAGCGGGGGGCCGACCUGAGCGCGGUGGACGCUGAGGGCAAGGACCCCCUGUCCAUCGCCAUCGAGCUGGCCAACGCCGACAUCGUCACCCUGCUGCGGCUGGCCAAGAUGCGGGAGCUGGACGUGGCCCAGGGGCAGACGGGCGACGACACCUACCUCGACAUCUUCCGCGACAUCUCGCUCAUGGCCUCCGACAACCCCGAGAAACUCGCCCGCCGCGACCUCAAGCUCACCACCCUCUAGCCCCGCCCCCCGGGGCCGGGCCACGCCCACUCCACGAGGCCACGCCCCCUGGCGGGGCAGGGCUCCGCCCCCCGCCCCCCCUCCUGCCUGCCCCUCGCAGCCGCACCCCCUUGCGCCACCCCCACAAGGGGGCGGGGCCCCACCUGGCUCUGACUCCUCCCCCUCUGUGGGGGGCGGGCCCUGCCAAGGCCCGCCCCACAAGUGGGUGGGGCCGUUCCAGGCCCCGCCCCUGCUUUUUUGAUACCUAUUUAUUGGUUUUUUGGGACCACGCUGAAUUGAAUAAAGCAUUGCCUUGGCCCCGCC